GGUUAGAAUUAAUCAUAAUAAUUCCGAUACAUAAAUAUUAUGUUUUUUAUCACGAUUUUAUACGAUAAUUAUUCUUUUAAAAGCUUUGAAAUGGUAUAAACUCGCCAAAAUGAAUAUCUUUUUCAUAUUGCUAUUUAUUUUUGUGGCUAUUUACUCGUGUGUUUCAUGGUUGUUACCAGCUCUGUUAUCAUGGUUGUUCAAAAGAAAGUACCACAUCAGACUAAAAAUUGGUAGAAUCGCAGUGCUUAAAUUCAUACUCAAAGACGUGAGUCUGUCGAAGGAUAGAUAUUUUGUACAUAUAGAUGAAAUAUCAUUUCGAAGCAGUUUUUUCAGUUCCGAAAUCAAUAAACUAGUGUCCGUUGUUAUAAAGGGUGUUGAAAUCACUAAUCAUGUUGAGGAAAAGAGAAGUGUUGUUGUGGAGACCAUUCUUAAGCCGUUGUUGUCCAAACAAAACUCAGUAUCUAGAAGUGAAGGGGAUGAACAAGUUACCAACUUAAGUGAUGUAAACUCAGAAUUAAGCAGGAUAGUUCAAAAAAAGAUAUUGGACUUUCGAGACAAGAAAUUGCCUCCAAGUCUUAUCAUGUUCGCACAGUUUAUGGGAGUUCACAUGUUCAAUGUAUCCAUCACAAUUCAAAAUGGCGCUACAAACAAUGCGUCGCUGAACGUCAGCGCGUCAGAAGUGCAUGCUGAUGGUGCGGCUGGCGGGCCGGCGAGAGCGCUCGUGUUUUCAGCCAACCUAGUGGAGGUCAGGGGAAAAGUCUUCACGGAGAAACACUGUUUAGGAGAGGCUUCAUGCAGUCUGUUGGUGGAAGGAACGGUUAAAGCUGAUGGACCUUUGAAUGUUGAGAAAAUCCAUGCUGUAGUAAGUAAUACAACUAUAUCAUUCCAAGAUGAGAUUUACCAGUUCAUACAAAAGCACAAAAGACAUAGGAAGGAUUUGGUCAAGUCAGAUCUGGUUGGAGAGGAUCACAUGAAAACCAUCAUUCCAAGGUUAUCACCUGUCAUACCAAAGAUUUUUAGUUUAAAAGUUGACACAACAAAAAUAAAAUGUCUUAACAGUGCAACUAAGACAAAUUUUGAGAUGUCACUGCAAAGUAUACAGGUAAUUUCGCGAUUCAGUGCGGCUUCGGUGAUAGUGCACGACAGCGGCACCGAGGUGACGGGUCUACCGCAGGUGUACGUGGCCUUCCAGAUGGAUCAGUACCAACUAAUGACGGAUAACGAGAAAUUAUUGUUCCUACACAAACUGAAACUCGAUGCCAAAUUGGAGAAAGACAUACUGAACUUGUACUUGAUAAUAAGUACUUUAAGAAUAACCUACAAUCACAGUCAAGUAUUCGAAUGGUACUCAACUGUUAUGGAGAGAGUAAGGAAGUCAAAAGCACUAGAAGUUAAACCUGUUAAUAUAAAGGAGUCCUCCACUCCAGUAUGGAUGUCGCGGUUAUUCGCGUCAUGCGUGGUGCAAGGGUGUGCCGAAUUGCGUGAAGUUAAAAUACAUACACGGUUGCUGGAAGAACGCGAGAUGUCCGUCGGCUGUACUGGUGUUAAAGUCAAAUUGGAUCAACUAUUGGAUACAAAGGAGUCGCAGAAGGAGAGCCCGGGCCGCGGGCAGUGGAGCGCCGAGCUGCUGGUGGACGGCGGCUGGGCGGCGUGGCGCGGCGCGCGGCCGGGGGCGGCGCCGCCGCGCCGCCGCCACGCCUGGGGCUCCGCGCUGCUGGCCGUCGCGCUCGUCAAGUGGGGCAGCCACGGACGGAACAACUCCAAGGUGGAAGCCAUGAUGGACUGUCUCCGUCUAGAAUGGAGCCCAUCCAUCGCCAAGACAAUCAUAACAUUAGCCGACUCUCUAAACCAGUACCGGUCCACUUCAUCUUCAAACCGCCCUUCGCUCCCCUCCGCUGACUACCCUCCAAAUAUUACCGUCAACGUAGCGCUCUCACAUAUAAACCUGUUCCUUAUAGUGAACGAGAAAAUGUGCCUCAUGACCAGAAUAGACGCAGUCACCCUAGAGAAGACUGCGAGCAAAUCCGGCGCGGUCGUGUCUGGCCUGAAGGUUGUUGAUAUGGUGCCUUAUGAAGGUACCAUGCACUGUUAUAAAUCUGACGAGAUCGUGUCCUCGUUCUUUUAUAUUCGACUGGCGAGGAUAGAGUACGUGCCUUCCAAGCAGAGACAUUCGGCGCUCCUCGACUUCCAGUUCAUGGAGAAUGUAGACUUUGAAUGGAGUGUCAACCUGCAUCUCAAGAUUCUCACGCUCUGUAGAGCCAUAAAGAGUUUCAUAGGAGAACUGAAGGAGAAGUGGGUAAGAAGUACGGAGACUGUGGCGAAGAGAGGCAGGGAGCUGGAUUGGAGGAUUGCAUUUAAAGGCGAUACGAAUCUGAUGUUAAUAUUGUCGAAGGAAAAUAACAUGUUGUUUGCAACAGACGACCUGACCAUAUCGUACGACCACGAGAUUGGUCUGUCGAUAGUGUGGAGCCUGCUGAAGAUGGUGCUGAACGGCGACGAGGUGAUCACCGUGGAGGGCUACUCGAUGGAGCGGGUCGCCGACGACCAUGACGUCAGGGUCGAGAGGAAGGCCAACGAAGGGUUCGAGCUUAUGUGGAAUAAAGUCUGGUUGGUGAGCGUAGAUUCCGUACGCGUGAUAUUCCCAUACAAGCACCGGUUCGCUGACGCCGUGCAGGGCGACUUCGUGACUUUGUUCAAAUGGAUCAAAUUGGUUCACGGCAUCCAGAAGAAAUCAGUCACGGCAGACAGCCCGCUGCCUAGUGACUUGCAUAUCAAGAUCGAGGAGAUUUUGAUUGAGAUGAGUGAUGAUCCAUUCGAAGUGAAGUUGCGAGACAACUACGAGCUACUCGAGGAUGAGUACAAGGAGAGCCAGAAGCGACGGACGAUGUUGGAUGCAAAGGUGCAGGAGCUGUGCAAGCCGCACUUGUUCCUGCCGUCGGGCAAGGUGGAGGAGCUGUACGCGGCGCUGAGGCAGAAGGACGCGCAGAUAUACGUGCAGCGCUGCCGUGCCGCGCCGGCGCCGCGCCGCCGCCUCGUGGCCUGCACGCUGGCGCGCCUGCGGCUGCUGGCGCUCGCCGACCCCAGCCUGCACGGCGCCGCCGCGCUGCCGCGCCUGCGCCGCAUGGACGCUGACAGCCCGUGGCCGGAGGACGGGCUGGAGUUCUGGACGCUGUGGUGCCGCGCCGUGUCGCUGAGCUGCGCGCAGUGGCAGCUGCUGCUGCGCGACUUCCCGCAGCCGCUGCUCAGCAUGAGCCAGCUGCGCCUGUGGGGCACACUGCUCGGCGCUGAGGAGGCGCCGCCGUCCAGGGCGGUACGGACGGUGGCGGUGGAGCAGGGCGAGCCGUGGGGCGCGGUGCAGCUGGAGCGCAGCAUGAUGCCGCUCAAGUGCUACUACGACGUGUGCUGCGAGAUGGCGCAGUUCAGCUACGCCUUCGGGCCCUGCUGGGAGCCGGUCAUCGCGCACUGCAACCUCGCAUUCGACCAAGUAUCUCGCCCUUCCCUCGACCCGUCCGCGCCGCUCGCGUGGUGGGACAAGGUGCGACUUUUGAUGCACGGCCGCCUCACAGUCAACUGCGCGCGGUUCACUUGCCUCCUACACGUGUCGCUCGACCCGUACAAUACCACUGAAGAAAUGGAGGUGACCUGGACUGACCUCGUCCUCGACUGGACUAAUGGCAAGAUCGGGUUCCUGGGCGAGCUGAACGUGUUCGUCCGGACGGCGAGCAAGUAUGACGACUGCCGCGUGUUGUCGCUGCCGGCGCUGCGGCUGGCGCUGAAGCUGGGCUGGCAGACCGUGGGCGACCCGCGCGACCACCACGCAGUGGCGCCCUGUGCGCCCACGCGCCUGCCGGAGUACUCCAGCAACCAGGAGCACGACUCGUAUCGGGCGUUCCGCUCGCAAGGCUUGGAUGUGCAUUUGAGUAUGGACACCAAGCCCAUUGACGGAGAGGGGCCCGUAGUGCUGCUUUAUGGGAGUACUCUGAGAUGGUUCGAGAGCCUGAAGCUGAUCGUGUCGGGCGUGACGCGGCCGACGCGGCGCGGGCGCGUGUUCCGCAACGUGCGGCCGCGUCGCCCGCAGCUCUCGCGCCACUACCGCAACCUCAGCGUCUCGCUCACGUUGCACAACUUGCAGGUGUUUUACUGGUCAUCCUCGUCCAUGCAACGUGGUAUCGAGAUGCUCGGUGUCCGAGUCACUUGCAGCUCCAAGCACAGACUCUCGCUUGUCGCUGCUAACGAUGGCUUAGUGCGGAGACCACGUGCCAACUGGACCACCGUAUAUAUGAAUUGCGACCUUAACGAUGCGGAAAUAUGGCUAAAGACACCGGCGACCGUGCCAGAUGACAGGGAUAGUGAUGAGGCGGGCAGGGAAGGCGCCGCGGGCGGCAGGGCCGGGCCCGCCAUGGAGAAGUGUUACUGCCUGUCGGUGCGGCGCGUGUCGUACGGCCGUGGCGGCGCGGGAGGCUCGGGCGGCGCCGCCGGUCACCGCCUCGCCGUGCACGACCUGCGCGGCGCCUGGACCAAGCUCAACAGGGACCUCGCCUUCGCACUUAUCGACACCUACAUCAAGACACAGCAACUAAAGAAGAAUUUGUCUACAAAAGCUUUGAAAGAAGAAGAGAAUCCGGAAACUUCACCAAUGCAUCAGCGAGAAGCCGACGUGGUAUCGCCGCCUCCGAAUGCCACACAAUCGGGUGGCAGCGGCGCGGGCGCAGGCGCGGGCGGGUCGGGCAUGCUGGCGGCGCUGGUGGCGGAGGCGGGCGGCGAGGCGCCGGUGGUGUUCAGCGACGAGCUGGCCGGCGACGGCGCCGCGCCGCCGCCGCACGCGCCGCACGCGCCGCACGCGCGCCACCUGCUCGACGACGACGCCGCCGUCACCGCCUGCCUCAUCGAGCUGGUGAACUCGCAAGUGGUGCUGAAGGGGUGCGAGACGCGCGGCUACGUGAUCUUGUGUGCGGCGCGCGCCGAAGUUCGGCAGCGCGUGCGGCGCGGCGCCGCCGGCCGCGCCGGCUGGAGCGGCUGGAGCGGCGCCCUCACCGCCAUGCAGUACUACGCCACCGUCAGCGCCGGCGACACCGACCAGCUCGACGAGAACAUCCAGUGGGUGUCGGUGGAGGAGAUCUCGGAGCGGUGGGCGGGCGCGGAGAUCAGCGCGCUGCCGGACGUGCCGCGGCUGGUGGGCAGCGGGCAGGCGGCGGGCGGGGUCAUCGGCCGCACCGUGGGGCCCAGCUGCGGCGCCGCGCCCGCGCAGCUGCAGCGCGUCGUGUCGCGCUGCGCCUGCGAGUUCUACUACGUGGCGCACGCCGCGCGCCCGCCCGCCGCCUGGCCGCCCGCCGCCGCGCACCAGCCCUACGACUCCUUCACGCUCAUGCACCACGACCUCGACGUCUGCACCAACUCGCUGCAGUACGCGAUGGUGCUGGACGUGGUGAACAACGUGGUGCUGCACGUGGAGCCCGAGCGGCGCCGCACGCUGGAGCGGCGCGCGCGCAUGCGCUUCCAGCUGCGCCUGCACCAGGACCAGGACCCGCGCCACCUCAUACACAAGCUGCAGACGCAGGUGAGGGAGUCUUUGGCGCGGCUUCGGCGGCUCGAGAAAGAGUACUACUUGAAGAACCGGUCCAUCACCGGUAACGAUCCCGUGGCUCUCGAGGAACUGAAGAAUCUCGAUGAUCAGGUGAACGAGUGCAAGGAGAGCGUGUGGUCGCUGGGCGAGGAGCUGGACGCGAUGGUGCGUGCGUGGCGCGAGGUCCGCGCGGCGGCGGCGGCGCCGGCGCCUCGCCUGCCGCACGCGCCUCCACACCGCUACAACGAGAUCUGCUUCAAGUCGGCGCGCUGGCGGCUCACCGACGCCGACGGACAGCUCGGUAUCGCCGACCUCUUACUCACCAACUUCUUGUACACCAAAACGUCAAGAUCGGACGACUCCGUGGAGCAUCAGCUGGAAGUGGGCUACAUGCGUGUUACCAAUCUGUUGCCGAAUGAACCGUUCCCAGAGGUGUUGGUGCCGGCGACGCCGUCGGGCCGCGCGGCGGUGGCGCGGCGCGCGGCGCUGCGCGUGUUCUGCCGCGACCGGCCGCCCGUCGGCGGCAUCGCCGUCAAGGAGCACUUCGAGGUCAACAUCGUGCCCAUCAAGAUCGGUCUCACCAAGAAGUUCUUCAACACAAUGCUGAAGUUCUGCUUCCCCGAACGGGACCCUGAUUCUAUCGAGGACGGAGACGACGAGGACGGCACCCUGAAGGCCAGCACAUCCACUGCUACACUCGUCUCUACCGGCUCCAAGAAGGUGAAGAAGAAGAACAAAGACUCCAACUCUAACUUCUACGUGAAAAGAGAUAAGAAGGACAAAGAUGAUGUUGAGAAGAUGAAGGAGCGUGCCGAGAAAAACAAGCUGUUCAUCUACAUCAAGAUCCCGGAGGUGCCGGUGCGCGUAUCAUACAAGGGCAGCAAGGAGAAGAACCUGGAAGACGUACGCGAUCUGCCACUCGUGCUGCCCACUCUCGAGUACCACAAUGUCACGUGGACUUGGCUCGAUCUACUGCUAGCCACCAAGACCGACACCAGGAGGGUGAUAGUGUCUCAAGCCAUCAGGCAGAAGCUGCAGCUGCGCAGGAGCGCCGCCACGGCACCAGAGCCACUUGAGGAGGACAAGGCGAGACUCCUGCUUGGCGAGAGAACAGUGACCGAGAACAAGCCGCAGAAGAAAAGCACGCCCAGCGUGUUCAAAUUUUCCAAAUCGUAGCGUAAGCGGAACACGUGUAAUCGAAUCAGAACCAAAUGUUAAUGUGCGGUAAGGUUACAUUUUCAUUGACAAGAUAUUAGUGGAUUUGUCGUAUUAUUAUGUUAAUUUAUUUUUAUUAUUUUAUACGAAAAUGUGUGAAGAGCGAAGUUUAUACAGGGUGAAAUCGUUAGGUAUUUUUUUUUACUAUUAAUGGGUCCCGCGAUUGAUCACGAUCUCACUUAAUAUUUUUUUUUAAUGGAUGAUAAUGGAAUAGUAGCCCAGCCUGCGCUAUCGGUAUACGUUGUCGGGGCACCAGUGAGCGAUGAUAGGUGAGAAUGAAAGCAGGUCUGUUAGUCCAUCGUGAGAAAUUCCACAAGAUUCCACAAGAACCACGAUGGUUUCCAAGGGGAACUGCGUGGAGGUCGAACUGAUAGAGUGUAUUGCUAGUAAUGGAACUAGUAAAUCCCCAUUACUAACAAUCCCUUCCCAGGGUAUAGCUGUGAGCUAACUAACCUGCCUUUUCAUUCUCACCUAUCACCCCUCACUGUGUUUACCGUUAGCGCAGGUAGGGUUACCAUUCUACUAUUUUCAUUAAAAAAAUGUCUUCUUACUACUUCCCCCUCAACAAUAAGAGUGUAUUAUAGUUUACGUACGACUAGCGAUUUCACCCUAUAUACGGUACUAGAAGAUACUAUAAAUUAUUAUUAUUCUUUUAGGACAGUGUUCAACCAGUAUGUUUUGUUCCAAAAGAAACACUAAUUGAAAAAACGUCAUAAAAUUUACACACACAAACGACGUAACAUAUACACAUACAGAAACACCGUGUUAGCAUGGCAAGUACAGUAAUACCUCGACUUACGUUACUCUGAUUUACGCGAACCCGGAAUUAUGCGAUUAUUAAAUAUUGUUGAUUUUAUUGUUUGAACUAGCGACCCGCCCCGGCUUUGCACAUAUGCAAUGCUGAUACUAAAUACCGCUGCUGCCCCCCGGCCGGUGCCGCCGCAACCGCUAUGUCCUUGCAUUUUAAAUCUGUAAUAUCUACGAAAAUAUUCAUUUAAAUUACAUGCUGUAAAGGGCUAUGUUGAUCUAUAUUAAAUGCACAAUGUAUUUAAGGUACUUAACUGGAUAAGGAUUAAUGCUGUAUUGUUUGAAAUCGCUUCGUAAUUAAGCCAUUAUUUUUCGUAAAAAGUAAAGGUAAAAACAUGGUUAUUGCGGUUUAUUCCUAAGAGAUAAUCAAAUACCAUCGCGGACUUUUUUUGUAGACCUUCUUAAAGUGUAUAAUACUGUAGUACAUUAUUUUGAUCUAUUUCGUAGAGUUUAGCUAGCAGUGAUUCUCAACCACUGUGCCGCGGCACUUUUGUGUGCUGCCAAAUUUUGCAAAUAUUUAAAAUUUUUGUCAUAAACUAUUUAUGCAGUGUGUGUGUGUGUGUAGUAAGUAAAUAAUUUUUAUCUUUAUCUUUGUGUGCCGCCAAAUUUUGAAAUCGUUAAAUAUGUGCCGCAACAAAAAAAAGGUUGAGAAUCACUGAGCUAGCGUUUUACAAUGUAAGCGCCAAAAAUGGGUUUAUUGACGACAUCACAUUAGAAAUCUCUAUAAUUAUCAGUGUUUCUCAACUAUAAUAUACAUAUAAACCUUCCUCUUGAAUCACUUUAUCUAUUAAAAAAACCGCAUCAAAACCCAUUGUACAGUUUUAAAUAUCUAAGCAUAUAUAGGGACAGACAGACGGGAAGCGAUUUUGUUUUAUACUAGGUAAUGAUGAUGUCGCACAAAUUUUGAUUACUUACAUUUUACCUACAUUAUCGUUAAAGUAAUGUGCAUAUUUGAACGUGUCCUGCAAAAUGGACGCAUAACUUUUUUUUUUUUCGGUCCCGGAUAUUUAAUUCCAGGUAUAUUACUUUAUUAAUGGAGUUUUUUGUCUUAUUAAUAUUUGGACGCAUAACUUAGGGGCUAGGAGUUCACAUGCAGGCGUUAACGAUUAUAUUAUAGUUAGUAAGUUACCAUAAGUAAGGUAUCAUGGGCGAAACAGUAUACUCUGUUAUGUCCAUGGUACUGCUUAUGUCUAUAGGCGACGGUUACCAUUUUCCAUCGGGUGGGUCGUCAGUUUGAUUGCCAUUCUAAGUUGCUUAAAAAAAAAUACCCCGAAUUACGUGAAUUUGACUUACUCGAUUAUUGUUCAGUCCUAUUUAUCAGGUAAGUACGAGGUAUUGCUGUACAUUUUUUUUAUUUUUUUUUAAAAGUAUGUUCCAUUUAUUAUAGUAAUUUCUAGACCAAGUGACUAUUAUAAGCACGUGAAAUUUGUAACUAAAUGAUUAAUUUAUUGUUUUACCUAUUAAAAUGUGCAAUUCUUAGAUUUUUCUUCUAUUUAUUUAAGUGAUCGUCGCCUUUUAUAUUAUUUAAGUGAUAUAGUACAUUACUGCAGCGGCCAGCAACUGAGGCAUUGAUGGACGAAGGUGCAAAUGUGGGCCGAGGCGUAGCCGAGCCACACAUACGUGAGUCCAUCAAUGCCUAGUUGUGGCCAGGGCUUGUAUAGUACUUUUCUCAAACAAUGCGCGGAAAUCAAAAACACAAUUUUAUUUUUUAAGUUCAAUGACGAAUAACGAAUAAUAAUAAUUUUUCACGCGCCAUAAUGUUCCUUUGUUUUUUUUUUAAAUAAACAGCUUUCUAUUUGCAAGCCAGUUCGAAAUUUGAAUAAAACCUUUUAUUAAAUUCUUGGUAGCCACGUUUCGAAGUAAAAGGUCAUUCCAUUUUUAAAUUACAGGACAGAUAUGAGUUUACAUAGUAAUUUAUCUGGCCGCAAAACACGACAGAUAUGGAUUUUCAUACAACUUUUGCCGGCCGCUGCCCGCAUGUAUCUGACCAGUACGGCAAUUUUGAUUCAUCUCUAAGAAGAUUGUCAAAAUAAUGCUCACAUUUCCAAGCAUGUUUGAGAAAAAGUAUAUUGUGAUGAAAGAGACUUUAUUUUCAUAAAUUUUGCAUAUUUAUAUUAAAUUGUGGUAAAUAUUGGAGUAAUUUUUUUUUAUGGUUUAAGACAAAAUUAUGCAUUCCCCCUUGCUAAUGUAAAUUACUUGUAUGUAUCACCAAGAGUUAUUGUUAGAUCGUCGGAGGAUAUUGUCAAAGGCGUAGAUGACGUUGGCACAGGAUUUUAAAUCAUGGUGUAAUGGAGAGAAGGUCUAUUAUCGACAGUAGAUAGAUGAGGAGUAAUAACAAUAUGAUGAUAAUUACGAAUUGGGUAGAUAGAUAGAUAGAUAAAUAAUUUACUUACAUUACUUACAGCACACAAAUUACAAUACAAACAUACACAUAAUACACAGUAAAAGAGAUAAAGGAAUGAAAAUUAAAAAAAAAAGCAACCUACAUAGAAUAUAUUAGUAAUAAUUCCCCAUAUUUUUUUUCUCUAGAUUCUUUGAUGUUAUAAAUUAAACGUCUUUUAUUAUAAACUAGCGGUCCGUCCGGGCGUCGCACGGGUGCACAUUUUUACAUUUUAAAAAGUGGCCAUAAAGGCUGCACACGCGACGGAAGCUCAAAAAUGGAGUAACUUCCUCCGUUUUCCCAACAUUUCCCUUCACUGCUCUGCUCCUAUUGAUCGUAGCGUGGUGAAAAGUAUACUAUAACCUGUCCGGGAGUAUGAAGAAUAAUUGUACCAAGUUUCGUUAAAAUCCGUCUAGUAGUUUUUGUUUCUAUAACGAACAUACAGACAGCCAGACAGACAAAAAUUUUACUGAUUGCAUUUUUGGCAUCAGUAUCGAUCACUAAUUACCCGCUGAUAGUUACUUUGGAAAUAUAUUUCAUGUACAGAAUUGACCUCUCUACAGAUUUAUUAUAAGUAUAGAUUGACUAUUUGGUUAUUUAAUUUUUAUAAUAAGCAAAUCAUCAUCAUCAUAUCAGCCGUUAACUAUUCACUGCUGAACACAGGCCUCUCCCUAUUGAGGGAUUUUGCCAGUAGUUGCCACGUUUGGCAGGCGGAUUGGCAACCGCAGUUAGUCUUUGAUGAUGUUUUGAAAAGGAAACAGCUGCCCGUCCCUUGCCCUCCCUUAGUCGCUUACGACACUCACAGUAAAGAAGGGGGUGGCCUAUUCUAUACUGGGAUCACAUGGCCAAUAAGCAAAUAGUUUUUUUUACAACACAGGGGGCAAACGAGCAUGCGGCUCACCUGAUGGUAAGUGACUACCGCCGCCCAUGAUCACCCACAACACCAGCGGCAUUGGCAUUGGCAGCGGCAUAUAUAUAUAUAUAUAUAUAUUGAAUAAUUUUCAAACUGCUCGUCGCAAACGCAAGUGUACUUCGAACCUUAUUUGGUCACGUUUCGUGUUUAAAUAUAUGUAGGCGUGUAUAGCUGUUUAUAUCACCAUGUAUAGGAACUGUUGAAUGGUCAAGAGUAUUUUCGAUUAUAAUAUUGUUCCGUUCAUUCCUAUCUCGUACAUAUAGGUUGUGGAAUAAGGUCCUUUUUUCAAGGUUUUUUUCCCUUACAAUACUUGAAAAAUGUGCCUACACACACAUUUAAAAGGCCGACCACACACAAACAACUCCUAUCGUCUUGCAAGCGUUCAUGAGCGACGGUAGCAGUUUUCCAUCAGGUGGACCGUCCGCUCGUUUGUCUCUAACAAUAAAAAAAAUCGUGCAUUAAAUAUAUAUAUAUAAAAAAAGAUUACCAAGCAUGGUAAUUACUGGCAACACCCUCCUCUUCUCCCCUAAAGGGGAGGCCUAAGUUCAACAGUGGAUAGUUAACGGUUUAAACGUUACGAUACGAAAUAAAAAUAAGACAAAACCAGGACAAGUUGGAUGUUGUAACUGAUUAAAAUAUUUUAAAUGUAUUUAUGAGAAUUCUAAAAGGAAGUAAUUUCUCUAUACGACAGUAGUAUAUGUACAUAUUUUAAUGCUAUAUGGGAUCAAAAUCUCUGCGACAUUGGAUGCUGGAAGUGUGUUUAAUUUUAUUCUCUUUGAAUUGUAUAAUUUGUUCAAUACAACUUAAUAAAAUAGUACAUUACUGCAGCGGCCAGCAACUGAGGCAUUGAUGGACGAACGUGCAAAUGUGGGCCGAGGCGUAGCCGAGGCACACAUACGUGAGUUUAUUUAUAGGGUUAUUACAUUAAUUCUUUGUUUACAUUUUCAUUAAGUACUAUUGAAUAGCAUGCGUGCAAGUGACAGCUGACAUUUUGACAGUUGUCAGUUUAAACGAAAUGUAUGCUAGUGAGGUCUUUAGAUCGAAAUUUUUUCUAACAAUCAAAUGGAUUUCUUGGAAGUGACGAUCUUGUAAUUUUUUUUGUAUAAUUUUAGUGAGCUGUCCUCUGCACGAUACUGUAACAUAUGGGGUAUAGUGUCACUUAGUGAUUCCAAAAAUAAUAAUUUAGCCUUCAUUGAAAUGUAAUAUACUUAGAUUAUAUUGAUAGAGCAUUGAGUAUCAAAAACGUGUCUUUUAAUUGGCUAAUUUGAAAUUUGGCUGAUUUAAUUUAAUAGAUUUUUUAAUCAAGACAAAGCGCGCUAUUAAUUCAGUGUUGCAAGUAACUAGAUUAAAAAUUAGACUGACAGGCUGAGACUGACUGACAGCCUAAGUAGGUUUUUUUAAUUUAAACUAAUAUCUAAUUAUUAUAUUAUUAUUAUAUAAAUUUAAAUAUGAUCGUAUUGGUUAAAAUUUACAAACGUGUAUUAAUUAAAACGAUGGUUAGUUUCAAUUAAAUUUUAAACCAUUUUUUUAUUUAAUCUAACAAUAUAAUUUCUCCUGUAUGUGUAGAAAAUGAAGAUUAUGGUAACCCCAUCACGUAACAUGGAUAACAAAAGUUACCAUAAGGUAUCAUGGGCGAAACAGUAUACUCUGUUAUGUCCAUGGUACUGCUCGUGUCUAUAGGCGACGGUUACCACUUUCCAUCAGGUGGGCCGUCAGCUUGUUUGCCAUUCUAAGUUGUAUAAAAAAAAAACCUGUUUUUAGCGAAGCACUUGUACUUAGACACUCUAUCUAUAUAAUCUAAUAUAUUACACUGAAAGAAAUAUUCCUGCGGGCUGUAAUUUUGAAUAAACGUUGGUAUUUUCUUUUUUGAUGGGUGAAAAUGGUAUGGUAACGCCUGCGCUAACGGUAUACGCUGGCGGAGCACCAGUGAAAUGUGAUCGAUGAGGAUGAAAACAGGCCAGUUAGCCAAUCAUGAUGAAUUCAUCAAGAAUUAACCAUGAUAGUUUCUGACUCGACCUGGUUGGGUAUAUUGCUAGCAAUGGGAUUCUCAGUCUCCAUUACUAACAAUCUCUUUUGCCCCCAAACGUUGGUAUUAACUAGAGAAGGAAUUUACGAGCAAGAAAUAUAGUUAUAAAUAUUGUGCGAAUUGAAUUGUUAAUUAUUGAAGAAAGACUGUUCAUACAUAAUUUUGAUGUUAUAAAAAUAUUGUCAUAGCCUUAUAUUUCAAGUAUACCUAACUACAUAUAGUAUUGUUUUUUUUUUAUAUCGGGGAAUGAUUCUUUUUCUUGUAUACGAGAUUCUGCAAUGUGAAAAUAUACACACAAGCACACUUUUGAUAUUCUGUAUAGCUUUGUAUCUUAUUUCUAUAAAUUUGUAUUUUUAAUUGAAAUUAUGUUUGUUUGUUUGUAUAAGCUUGUAUGUUCUUUGGGUUUAUGUUUUAAUUUUAAGUAGCUACAGCGUCACUUGUUGUAAGAGAAGGUUUUUAUACACCACUUGUUAUUUUUCUAUUUGUGUAGGUAUAAUAAAAUCGUAAUAAAUUGAUGAAUUUAAUUAUGAUAAAAUG